AUGUCCCAGCAAAAGGUUUCGGCGUGGCAGUCAAUCCUGGCUGGAGGUGUGGCCGGCGGUGCAGAAAUUCUGAUCACAGUAUUACCGUCCGGGACCAUGGCAUCUCUAAUCUUUACACGGGAAGCAUGGCGUUCUGUCCUAUCAAACUCAUGUAAAUCGGGCGUUAGAUUCUUCGCAUUUAACACUGCUCGUCAAUGGAUGCCGACCGAAGGAGCGACAGCGAAUUCGCCAGGAAAAGUGACUCCCCUAGGAAACUUGCUUGCCGGAGUACUAGCAGGCGUCGCAGAAAGCAUCUUGGUGGUCACGCCUGGUGAGACAUUGAAGACUAAGAUCAUUGACGACCAGGGCCGUCAGUAUAAGUCUGCCGGCCAUGCUGUGAGGUCUGUGGUGGCUAGUGAAGGGAUAGCAGGUCUGUAUCGCGGUGUCGCUCCUGUCACACUCAAACAAUCUGCCAAUGCAAUGGUACGCUUCACCAGCUACAACCUUUUACUGAGCCAGUUGCAAGCUUGGGGCUCUCGUGGUGGCCCUGAUGGUACGCUUUCCAAGACAAAUACUGUUAUCGCGGGUGCCUUGGCUGGAGUAGUCACUGUAUAUGCCACUAUGCCAUUUGACACACUCAAAACCCGACUUCAGGCUAUUGAUGGCCGGCAACGAUAUUCUGGCACUUUUGAUUGCCUGAAAUCAAUCAUGUCAAAUGAAGGCGCUACAGUUUUGUGGCGUGGUACAACUCCUCGUCUGGCAAGGCUAAGUGUAGGUUUACUAUUCAUCAUGAAUUACUCUUAG